GCAAAUUUUGUAUGAACCAAACAUGAAGAUGCUCUGGUUCUGCGCGAGACAUCGGACACGCAACAGUCCAAAAACCGCAGCUACCAGCCAAUCAUUCGCCCAUUUUGGCGCUGUGUUUCCUUGUUUGGCUUCCCAUGGCCGCCUAUAAGAACAACCAGCUUGAAAAUGAAACCCCACUUGUCUCAUCUACACUGGUUCUGCUUAAUUAACGGUUGACAAUGGAGUACUCCGGCGGAAUUCAGGCAUUAGCUUUCGUCUCCCUCGUGUUCCUCUGUCCACUCGCUCACAGCUGGGGAAUUGAUGGGCAUCUCACCAUUUGCAGGAUUGCCCAGUCUCGUUUGAGUGCGGCAGCAGCAGAUGCUGUGAAGGAACUCCUUCCGGCUUACGCAGAAAACGACCUGGGGAGUCUCUGUGCGUGGGCAGACAGGGUCAAGUUCCGAUACCCCUGGUCAUCGCCCCUCCAUUACAUUAACACCCCUGAUAAUCUCUGCACCUACCAAUAUGACAGAGACUGCAAAGAUGAAGAGGGAGUAAAGGGCAGGUGUGUUGCAGGCGCAAUUAACAAUUAUACCGGCCAGCUUCUCAGCUAUGGCAGCCAGUCCCAAUAUAACCUCACAGAGGCACUCCUGUUCCUUUCUCAUCUUAUGGGAGACAUUCAUCAGCCGCUACAUGUGGGCUUCACCUCAGACAGGGGUGGUAAUACAAUUGACGUUCGCUGGUUCACUAGGAAGGCAGUUCUCCAUCAUGUCUGGGACAACAACAUUAUUGAAACAGCAGAAGAGAGGUACUAUGAUGCAAAUGUGGAAAACCUAAUUGACACCAUCAAACAGAACAUCACGAAGAAAUGGUCAAAGGACGUCGAGAUGUGGGAGACCUGCAGCCGCAAUCAGAAAGCAUGCCCAGACGGAUAUGCAUCCGAGAGCAUUUCAGCAGCCUGUGAAUGGGCCUAUAAAGAUGUAAAAAAUGGUUCAACAUUACAAGAUGAAUAUUUCCUUUCCCGGCUACCUAUCGUUAAUUUGCGAUUAGCUCAAGGUGGAGUUCGGUUGGCAGCGACUCUGAAUCGUAUUUUUGGAUGAUGAUUGAUGACCAAGUAUCUGUAUUUUUUUUUUUCAAAAAAAAAAUAUGGGAUUUAGGAGCCUGAAGUUUUAAUAAUGCUGGGAACCAUGCCGCUGCACAAUUCUCAGAAGUUAAAGUUCUGGGUAUUUACUGCAGAGAUUUUUCUCCUCAAAACCUUAGCAGUGUAUCUUGUAAAAUCUUGUUCUAGACAUUAAUGGCAACCAUAAACUCUGUUUUU